AUGCAGGAUACGUUGAAGGAGGCCAGAGAAUAUUUCGAUACGCCCCAAAUGAAGUAUCAGAAGGUGCUAGGAUUCGGAGGUCUGGGGAUGGCGCUACAUUACAAAUACGAAGGCAACCAUCAAACGCACCGACCGGCUCGGGAUUUUGUAAUUAAAGUAUCGGUUGGUUCUUGGGUGGACGAGGAUCUUCGUGACGAAGCCCUACGAGGGUCGGCACAUUGCGUCCAACUUUUAUUUCCAGAGGAAGUUGAGGGGCCAGAGCUAUCACAAUAUGUGAGGAAGCCAAGGGGCGACGACUCUUCUGACGAUUCAGUAUCCAGCGGAGAUGAAAGUAUAACAGGGCCAACUCGACUUGCAAGAAAUCCGCGACGGCUCAUGCAACAGGCUGAAAAACAAGAAAGGUUAAGAAGAUGGCACGAACGUCUAAAUGAAUGGAUAAACCGCCCGCAUGAUGAGAAUAGAAAGGAUUAUCUACUUCUCGAGUAUCUUGAAGGUGGUACCGUACAGGAUCUAAUCGAAAAGAUGAAGAGAUUUCAAAAGAAGGGGUAUCCUAUUUGGGUACCAAAUAGGAUUCUCUGGCAAAUUUGGCUCUGCUUGGUUCGGGCUUGCGUGGCUUUGAAAUACCCGCCUCGAAAAUUCCACCCAGACCGCUCUCGAGGGAAUCAGUUCGCAGCCGGCCCGGAAAGUCUAAUUGAGACAAUUCCACCGCCUGAGAAGAGAUGGCGAGCGAAGAAUAUAGUCCAUUUUGACAUUGAUCCUAGUAACAUCUUCAUCGGAAACCUCGAGCAGCGGCCCCCAGAGUUAGAGGAGAUACUAGAGGGCUUCCACAUCACGUCUCAAGAUGAGAAGGAUGAUAAAGGUGGCAAGGACAAGAAAGACAAGGGUAGUAAACCCCAAAGCCAAGGUGCGUCCUCAGGACCAAAGUGGAGAAAGCUCAAGCGAAAAUACGACGAGGUAGGAGACGAUAGGGCACCAGGUGAACACAGCAGCGUCCCUAUAUUCAAGCUUGCGGACUUUGGGUUGGCGAAAAAUGUCGAAAGACAGAAACGAAACGAAUACUACUUCCGUCGAAGAAAAAUAGGUAAAGCCGACUUCCUCGCGCCUGAGCAAUUUGCAGCAGAGUGGGAUAAGAUACCCCCAGUUAGGUCUGGACCUGAAGUGUCUGAGCAGGACGUAAUAGGGAAUUAUGGCUCGCCCAUGAAUGUUUGGGGCAUGGCGUUGGUGAUGUGGCGUAUAAUAACUCAAUUGGAGACACCUAAACCGCCCCAACCUCAGAUACCGCUGGGGUCUGGCGUGUCGCCUGAUGCUCUACCAAACAAUCCGAAUAUCACUCUUGAUGACGUUAUAGAAUCGUAUAGGGAAUAUCAAGGCGGUCCUGGAAGUCUCGAUGACAAAGUCGAUACGACGAACCCUGAUGUAAAGGUAUCCUACUGCCCGUUCAUCAUGGAGGAUGGGGGUUUUUUUAAGUACAUCGACAAAGACUUUAGGACGAUGAUAUAUGAGUGCAUGUAUCACCGACCAGGCGACCGCCCGACUGUUGAGCAGUUGCUAGCACAGGCUGAGGAAGGAAUUACGAGGGUGUACGAGGGUGAGGAUGAUGCCACUAUCGCGACUUGGGUCAAUGCUAUCUUUUAUAGCGCGCCAACCCAGGGAAAUGGAUAAUGUUGAAUGGAGGGAAAGAGAAAAGAAUUGUAACUACCUAGGCAGAUAAUAUUGUGAUACACAGAUAAUUGUAUGGAGUUUCAGGUGUUCUUGUUUUUUGUUAUGUCUCAGAAGACAGCGUAAUAUUUCUUGGAAAUCUAGUUUUGUUUUUC